GUACCUGUGACCCCGCAUGCGUCUGCUGUCACCUGUUCUUCUUUUGAUCAUGAGCCUCAUACUAAAGCUGCUCAAACAUUUCUGGGGUAUUUGUGCGUCUAUCCGCGAGAGGUGGAGUUUGCAGACCUAUCGAGUGGGAGGUGCUGUGAGGUUCUGCGGGGCGAUGCUUCCGUGAGGCUCGAUUCGAAUGAGCCACGAGAACUCAGUCUGCCUCAUAAAAUGCGGGGCUGCCACAGCAUGGUGCCAAUACUGCAGUGCAUCGACACUACGACCAUUCGCGCAUUGAGACGCCCUGUUUCUAAGGAAGUUUGGGACAGCAACUCAGCGUGCUGCAUGAGCAACAUUCCCUGGAGGCUGGGUUCCACAAAACGAAAGACCCGGGCCGAAUAUCGAAGAGGCUUUUCACCAGGUAUGGCAUGUAUCAUGUAUGGGAUAAAGUAUAGAAAUAUAUGCCUGAGUGCGUUGGUGGAAAUUUUCUAUUCCCUGGAUCUGAGGGGGAACGGCGAUCUCCUGGAAAAAAAUAGGCUGGGUCGGUUUGAGUGUCUUCGCAGAGCCGCAGAGCCGCAACUUUUUUGCGUUGCCCGCCUGGCGCGAGAAGAACCCGGUGCCCGUGAGUGGCCAGGCCGGAUGUUUGGGGACAUGAUGCAGUGCACAUCUGUCUUCAGUACCACCCUUAAAGCCUGUUAUCUGUUUUCGCUUUAGCCGUGCAGGGACUAAGAAGGAACCAGUCUGAGACGGAAAAAGAAAACUGCGAAGCUUCCUUCUCUUUCAGUCUUUCUGGUCACGAGAGCCGCGUUGAGAGACGAAAGAACUAGAGGCAAAGUCACUGACUUGGUA